AUGCUGAUCCUAUCCUGUCCUUCCAAGUUGCAGCUGCUGGAGAGGCUGCUGAAGAAGAGCCUCCCUCAGACACUUGUGGUCCAUGGGGCAGUCAUGAACAUAAACCGUGGGAACCCAGCUAGCCAUGAGGUGAUUGUGGAUUCAUGGCCAGAGUUCAAAGCUGUCCUCACUCGGCCACGCAGAGAGAUUGCUUCAGACAAUGCGGAUAUGUAUACCAACCAGUAUGGAGCAUUCUACCGGGAUCUUGAUGCAUACCGGACACUGUUGCUCGAUACAGAUGCUGUCAACUGGGACCAAAACCUUUAUCUCUAUGGCAACCAGGAUGGGAUAUAUGAAGUAUCUAAAGAUGCUGCUGUCGCCAGGAAAGCCCAGUUGACUGCAAUUCCCCACUUCACCUACUUCCACCCCAACCCAAAUAAACUGCCUCAGCGUCAGCUAGAUCCCAGCUUCACCCUUGCUUCCUUGAAUAGCUCCCACGUUGAUCUGCUGAAUGAAACAUGGCUCCAUGGGGGCAAUGAACAAAGCCGGAGGUACCUGGCCAACAUAGUGCAGUGGUUCCCCACUACCUGCAUCCAGGACACCAAUGGUCACCCUAUCAGCUGGAGCCUCAUGGAACCUUUAGGCGCAAUGGGACAUGGUUACACCCUUCCACUGUACCGUCGAAGGGGCUAUUUAACUGUGGUGAUGACGGCACAUGCCAUGCAAGCCCAUGCAGCUGGAUACCCCAUAUAUGGCUUUGUUGCCCUAAACAAUGUCCGGAUGCAGAAUUUGCAGGAGCAUUAUGGCUUCCAGAAAUUAUCUGAACUGUGCAAUAUCUGCAUCCAUUCUUCAGCUUAUCAGAGGGAAGAGGAGGAGAGACAAAAAUACCUUUCCCAGCAUUCUGCCCAGCCCAUUCACUCGACUUCAGGAGCCCUCUGA